CCGAAGAAAAAAAAAAUACCCAACAACAAAAAGCAAAAGCAAAAGAAAAAAACACAAAUAAAAUGCAAUUGAAAUUAUAACAAAGAGUGCAUUUAAAUAGGUGUAGAAAAUUAAAGAAACCCAAAAAAAAAAAUUAAAACCAACACGAAACGAAAGGGCGUAAAAUCUCUAAAAGAUCUCAGUGACGGCAAUUUGUGAAAGAACGAAAGCUGCAAAGAAGCUCGUGUUUUGAAGCGCUCUCUAAAAAACAAACAAACAAAUAGACAUGACCAUGAUGCAGUCAUUGCCCGACGCCCAGUAGCAGGAACCAACAGGAACCACCCUACAGCCAGCAGAUCCUUGCCAACCAAUCAAUAUGUUCGGUUUGUUGAGCAGCUCCCAAAUCUAUGGACUACAACCCGCACCAACCGCAGCAGAUCAUCAAGCCACAGCAGAACCCUCAAAGAGCAACAGCCUGCCCCACAAGAAGGGUGCCACAGCUGCCGCGCAGCAUCGCAGAUCCACCAGCAGCCUCAGCGACACGGGCGGCAAGUUCUUUUCCCACUUGAGCGGCAAAUCGCCAAGCCAGUUCAUCGAAAAGUUCAUCAAAAGCGAAUUGCUCAACGGCUACGACAAUCUCAAGUGCCACCAGAGUGGUGGAAAGUCGGCAGCAGCAUCCCCAGCCGAUAACCCCAGCAGCACUCCCCUGUACUCCAAUCUACAGACAUCUUCGGAUUGGGGCGGCUUCAGUUGCCUCCAGGGUAGCUAUCGGAGCCACGGCGACGCCGAGUUCUAUGAGGCCGUGCAGGUCAAGUCCACAGCCACACAGCAACAGGCACAGCCCCAACCACAAUCACAGUCACAGUCACAGUCGUGUGGCAGCAACGAAGUAAAUAUGCGCUCCAAGGGUACAUCCUCCUCCACCAUCCUGCUGCAGCACUACCAGAAGCUGCCGGAAGCCACUUUGGAGCCAACGUUCAACACCCAAGCAGCUGGCCAUACACCAGCGUACAAGAAAUUGGGAUUUGGUUCACGUUUGCAGAAGCAAAAUGUCGAGCAGAACUCGGACAACUCGCAGACCUCUUCCCGGAAUGCGCGCAGCAGUGGCAGUGGCAGCGAGGUGCAACGCUCCUCUUCGGGUUCCAGUUCCUCGGGCGCGGUUCCUGCUGCCACAGCGGUGGCGUCCUCUCCGGAGAGACUCCAGCGGAGACGUCUGCUGCAGAUGAUCUCCAACUAUGAUCAGCAGAACAAGCAACUGCAUCGGGAUCUGGCCAAGGAGAAGCGACGUCGCACUGAGGAGCUGGCCUGCGUUGUAAAGUCCUUGAUCUGUUUCGAAUCGAAGCUAAAGAACGACAUGAAGAGCGUCAAUCAGCGGCUGGUGGACAGGGACACAGAGAUCUGUCGUCUGAUGCGACAGAAUCGGGCACUGAGGAAGCGUUUGGAGGAUCAGCAGCCGGAUGAGGGCAUAGCAGAUCAGGACUCGGACGAAUGUCUGGUGCUGGAGGCUUUGCAAUGCCAGAAUUGCCGCAAGCAAUUCUAUGACAUUGAAGUGACAGCAAGCGGCACACAGACGUGCAGCAAAGAGUUGCAAGGCGUGGGCGGAAAGGCAGAGCCUGGCUCUUCCAGCGAUGACACCGUCUCAUCGUCGUUCUACGGCGCCAGACGCAGCGUCCGGUACACCAGCAAGCGCACGGCGGGCACUUUCCGGGACUAUAUGCGCUCUCGGGCCAUGCACAUCGAUGAUGCCGCCUUGGAGCAGCAAUCAGAGGAGAAUACCAGCAGCAUCUCGCGCGAGGACUCCCAGACGAGCUACGAACAGCUGCACAACUAUUCGCGGGCCAUGGAGCGCAUGCACGGCGUGAAACCCGCCUCCAUGGAGGAUGGGGAAUACUCCGAGCAGAGCAGUCUGGAAUUGGAGCAGCAGCAGCAGCAGCAGCAACGGAGGCGGAACAGCUCUUCGAGUCGCAGCAGCAACAGUCGCAGCAGCAAGACAACAACUCCACAAUUAAUGGAGGAAGAUGAUGGCAUCUUCUCGCCCACCCAGGAUGACGAGGACUUUGAUGAACUUGAUCCCGAGCAGGAGCAGCAAAUGAUGUCACGCGGAGCCCUGAAAAUCGUACAGCGACGGUGUGCCGACUUCUCGGAGGCCUCUCCCAAGCAGAUAUAUGAAACGACCACCGAUGAUUGGUAUGCCAGUGCCUCGGACCAAGAGGAGACCACAGCCUCCACAGCCAGGGUGUCGACUGUCAAACCGUAUGGCCAUGGUGCCGUCAAUCCCGUGCUUGAGUGCGUCAAUCAGAUCCUUCUGCAGCAGUCCAUGGAGGAGACACUGCGGGAGCCCACGCCCAAGUCCGCGAUGGCUGGAGCUGCCUCGAAUCUGCCACGCAGAAGCUCCCUCAGCGGCAGAAGCGUCUCCAAUGGCCGCAAGCGGGUGCACUUUUCCACCAAGAACAGCAUGGUGCAUGUGCCACGCCACGACGACCAUGAGGAGCACGAGGAGCACGAGGAGCCGGGGUCGCAUCCGAUGGCUGCCCCAAUGAUCUCACACUAUCAUCCCAUGACCUCUGCCUACGAGAGCAUCUACAGCAAUGAAUACGAGCCGAUUGGUUCGGAGCGUGCCUCCAAUUUGUAUGUCGAUAUGGCGGCUGCGGCUGCCUGCACCGGAGGAGCAGGCGAGUCUGCGGCCACCGGCAAUGCCUCGAAGCAGCUGCCACAGCAGAAACUGCCACCUGCCCUGCCACCCAAGCCUGCCAAUCUGUUGAAAUUCAAGAAAUCCCUGCACCAGCUGGAGGAAACGCUCGAGGAUGAGGCGGCGCUGCUCGAAGACGAUUGUGCCACAGUCUCGGAGCCGGACUACUGCUCCAUUUCGGAGGUGGGCAUGGUGGCCAGUGUGCGUGUGCAGAUUGUGGCGGAUAUACACAAGGCCCCGGAAUGCGCCACAACCCCACCGGCGGUGGAGCCAACCCCGAUGGAGCCCGAGGUGGACUCCGAUGACAAUCAAUCGCACAAGACUGAGGAAAUCGAAGAGAUUUUCGCCGAUAUACCAAAGCUACCCAAUGUGGCGGCCAUUAUAGCGCCCAAGCAAUCCGCCUCCGAGUAUCUGAUGAUGACCCCCAAGAGGCAGGAGCUGCAGCUGCAGCUGCCCCUGCAACCGUCUCCACUGCCGUCGCAAUACAAACGGAAGCAUGUGCCCAACAUUCUGGCGGAGAUCAACAAGCGGAUGAGUCUCCCGAGCUCACCAACGACUCCCACGGCACCCAAGAGCCUUCACAACAGCACGCCCGUAUCCAAAUCGAUGCUCCAACUGGCUGACGCGCCCAGCGAUCUGCCCCUGCAGGCGGAAUUCGAUUGGUACAAUCUUGAUGCGGAGUACGAUCGGAGUCAGGAGGUGACUUCGAGUUCAAAGAGUCCCCAGGCCGAGGGCAUGCUGGCGGAGAUUAGCGAGGAUAACGAAUGCCUGAUCAAUGCCGAUGCGGAUGAGUACAAUCUGGAUGAAGAGUACCAGCAGGAGGAGGAGCAGGAGCAGGAGUUCCAUCAUCAAGAAAAGGAUCUCCUAAUGCAGCCCGAAAUGGAGGAGGACCCUUUGCCGCAAAUGGAGCCCGCCAAGGCCACGCAAAUGAAAAAGAAUUUGGCCAGCUUUGAAAAGUUCAUCGAGGGUUCGGGCCUCAGUACGAAACCAUUGCCCAGCAAACGUAAAAUCUACUUCAAUGCGCCCUUUGUCUAGAC